GGGAGCAGAGCGCUCCCGAUAUCCCGGCUCUGCCACCCCCGGCCGGUGCUUCCCCCCGCCCCGUCCGGGCAGCGCCGCACCGAGCCGCGUCCCCGCACAGUGGCCAUGGAGUACACGCCGCCCCCCAAGCCGCAGCUCUCCUCCCGGGCCAACGCCUUCUCCAUCGCCGCCCUCAUGUCGAGCGGCAGCUCCAAGGACAAGGAGUCCCCCGAGAGCACCAUCAAGCCUCUGGAACAAUUCGUUGAGAAAUCCUCCUGCGCCCAGCCUUUGAGUGAUUUAUCCAGCCUGGACCCUCACGGGGAUUUUAGCAGCAGCCCUUCUUCCCUGUGUACCGAGCCCCUCAUCCCCACCACCCCCAUCAUCCCCAGCGAGGAGAUGGCCAAAAUCUCCUGCAGCCUGGAGACCAAAGAGCUCUGGGACAAGUUUCAUGAACUGGGUACCGAGAUGAUCAUCACCAAAUCCGGGAGGAGAAUGUUUCCAACGAUCAGGGUUUCCUUCUCAGGAGUGGAUCCUGAGGCCAAGUAUAUUGUGUUAAUGGAUAUAGUUCCUGUGGACAAUAAAAGAUAUAGAUAUGCCUACCACAGGUCUUCCUGGUUAGUGGCUGGAAAAGCUGACCCUCCUCUCCCUGCAAGGUUGUAUGUGCACCCCGACUCCCCGUUCACAGGAGAGCAACUGCUGAAGCAGAUGGUGUCCUUCGAAAAAGUCAAACUCACCAACAACGAGCUGGAUCAGCAUGGCCAUAUCAUUUUGAACUCCAUGCACAAGUACCAGCCAAGGGUGCACAUCAUUAAGAAGAAGGAUCACACAGCUUCUUUGCUAAAUCUGAAAUCAGAAGAGUUCAGAACAUUCAUCUUUCCAGAGACAGUUUUUACUGCUGUUACUGCCUACCAGAAUCAAUUGAUAACCAAGCUGAAAAUUGACAGCAACCCUUUUGCUAAAGGAUUCCGUGACUCUUCCAGACUCACUGAUAUCGAGAGAGAAAGUGUGGAGAGCCUUAUCCAAAAGCAUUCCUAUGCUCGAUCCCCCAUUCGGACCUAUGGAGGAGAAGAUGAUCUUGGAGAUGACAGCCAGGCAACACAAAGCAGAGGGUCAGCCUUUACAACAUCUGAUAACCUGUCCCUCAGUUCCUGGGUUUCCUCUUCAACCAGUUUCCCAGGAUUUCAGCAUCCACAGUCUUUGAGUGCCCUGGGUACCAGCACUGCAUCCAUAGCUACACCCAUUCCUCAUCCAAUCCAAGGAUCUCUGCCUCCGUACAGCCGCCUGGGAAUGCCUCUGACACCCUCUGCCAUAGCCAGCUCCAUGCAAGGUAGCGGCCCCACUUUCCCUUCCUUCCACAUGCCAAGGUACCACCAUUACUUCCAGCAGGGUCCUUAUGCAGCUAUCCAAGGACUGCGUCACUCUUCCGCAGUGAUGACACCGUUUGUAUGAGUGACGUACGACAAGAGGAACACACGAUUUUAAAUGUGCAAGUUUGCUACGACAAAAUACAAGGGACCUUCCCAAAAGGCCUGUGGCAGGAGUGCUGAACUCAUGACAAACCAGCUGAAAAAAUGCAUUGUGGAUACAGAUUCCUCUUUUGAGGGAUCACAAGAAGAGAGCAUGCAGCUUGGAGCUGCUCACAGAUCUAUGUGUAACACAGCCAAAAUGGAUCCCAAAGUCCCCAGGAUCUUUGGUCGCGUGCAGCUUGUUCCAAAGGUGCAUUAUACCUAGUGGAAAGAGAUUAUCUUUAAGCAGCAGUAUACAAACUAAUUGUCUAUAGGUCUUUUUUCAUAUGCUAGAUGAAUUCUAAAAAAGGCAAUACUCUUACUCAUCUUCAUCUCUUCUUGUGACUGAUGAGCAUCUAAACAGAAAAAUGUAUUGCUAUAACUUUGAGCAUGUUUUAGGCUAUCUCAGCAUACAUUUGCUGAAAAUAGGACAAAGUGGAGAAGAACACUGUCCUUUUUAAGACUGGCAUAUAUUCACCAAAACCAGUAUUUCUUAGUUGCUACUAUAAUCACAAAGAGAACGUUAUUAACAAGUCUUUCUUUCUUUGUUUGUUUCUUUCACAAAACACUUAUUGGUUCCAAAAAAAGAACUGUGUUACAGGGCUGUAGUAGUAAUAAUGUAUUCUGUCCUUCAGUCUAAAAGGAAGUUUGUCCUAUAUCUGUCGGUUAAGAUAUAAUGAAGAAAAAUUUUGAUUUGGAAAAAUCUGUUACUUAAACUUAGAAACCAAGAUUUCCCAUUUUAAAGCAGUGCUUGUUUGCUGCUGUGUGUGCCACUGAAGACCUGUUUUCAGCUGCACAUGUGAACCAAGUUAACCCAAUUUCAGGCUAGAUCAGUCUAUAGAUUCUCUGGAUCAAACUAUAAUUAAUGGACUGGUAUGAGUGGCAUUGGAGUAUCUUUCCACUUGUUCUGAUUUUGUUGGGUUUGGUUAUGGCUGUUAUUAUAAAAGGCAUCAGCUUGGCCAGGAAAACCAGUUUUUUCACAUCCCACUAUAAUGGUUGAGUUUCCUUGGAAAAAUAUCAGUACAGAACUUCACAUGAAAGUUUUUUGUUUUUUUAAUUCAUGUCUGACUUUUUUUCAGUUAGUAUUUGGGGCUCAUUCAAAGUACUGUCCCCUUUUCUAGUAUGCUGUGUCUGAUGCAAUGGAGGAGCUAUAGAGGCAUAAGAUGAUAAUGACCUUGUCUGCAGAGAGUUAGCAUGAAUCCUUUGCACUACUGGAAAGAGUACCAGUGUGAUGUUGGUUUUGUCUGUGGCAAGAGCUGGGAUUCCAUUGUAAGUAAUAAGUUGACACAGUUGCUGUGUUGAGUUGCAUCCAAGCUAUAGAUGAUAAUACAUCUGCUGACAAAAGAGAACUAGCAUAUAUAAUCUCAUACAUUACAGAUCUCUGUAGAGCUGGAACACAAAACAGACUUAUUGUCCUCUGCUUUUCACCAUUCUGUAUUGGUGUCAUAUUGUCUGUCAUUGGUAAAAAGCAGAGUGUAGUACACUGAAUCACCUACUUCCAUCUCUGCAAAGUACAGGGCAAGGCAUGUGCAUCCCAGAGAAAAAGACCACCAUUAUGUAAUUUCCAGUAGCUGAAUUCAUAAUCUUCUCAAGCUGGCCGUUUCAAUCACCUUUUCAACCAAGUUAUCUGCAAUAUCACCCUAAUUCCCCAUGAAUCACUGUUGGACCUGCUGAUGAAAACUGACCUGGGCCAAUUUGCAACUCCUGUGCUUUGUAUGUAAAUAAAAAUGAAAAUUUAUUUACAAUUCAGACCUGCUACAAGGAGUUCCAUAAAUUAAUAUAACAUAUAGCUCUGCAGUGUUUAAAUGGCUCAGAAUCAGACACUGAAUUUGUCUUGGUGUACCCAAAUAUUAGAUUUUGCUGUAGUCUAUCAGAUUCACAGGAAAAGUGCAUGUUGCAAGAUUGUUCCUACUUAUAAGUGGUUUCAAGAUAAACACCCUAUUUUUCAGGAAAUUAAGUGAUACUGACCCUACAAGAAUGUAAUUCUUCAAGUAAACAUGACUCUACAGAAACAAUAAUUACAGAAGAGGUUUGGAAGAAAGUUUGCUCUUCAGUUGUUUGACUUCUGUUAGAGUUGUAUGAAGACCCUAGGAUGACAUGCACUAAAGCCUGUGGGGAAAUUCUGUUUAUUUUAUCUGGUUCCUUCUGCAGCUUCAUUUACUUAUAUGGAGUUCAGGGGAUAUGGUUAGGUUCAGAACUCAAGCCAGUAGUUUUACUGCUGAUACUUCCAUCAGGAAAAGGUCAAGUAAGUAGGCAACUUUUACAUGACUCCAGAAACAAGUUUGAAACAGGUGGGCUGAUUUAGACAUGGUCAACAUGUGACAUAAAGGCUGCUCAUACAUCACCUUCCUUCAUGAACCAAAUUCAGAGAAACAAACCGCAUAAUCUUUUCAGCUCUGUCCCAGCCUCUGCUCUGAGAACACCAAUAUUUGACAUGCAGAAAUGCCCCUUAUACUCUUUCAGAGAAGGAGAGAAGCACCACUCCUUGUGCUUCUCUCUGAUGGUUGAAUUCUUUUGUAGCAAAAACCCAUUGGGUUGCCCACUAAUGCAGAAUCACAGGCAGGUCCCAAGCAAGGGAAUGAUGGCAGCUUGUGACAGAUUUCCUCAGGAAUGAGAUCAAUAGGAACGUCCAUUCCUCACUUCCUCUUCUUUGCCCUCACAGUCCUACCUACAAAACCUGUUGCAGAGAUUUGAGGUUAAAGGGAUUAAGUUCACACAGGCCACAGGAUGUCCAGCGAAGAGGUCUUGCCACCUCACUGUUUCUGCUCCAUGUCCCUCUCACCUUCCUGUAGGCCUGGGGAAGCAUGGGAGUGAUUCCAGGAAUAAAAUUUCUACCCAGCUGAAGUCGAAUGGAAAUUUAUUGACUGUAACGGGGGCAGGAUUUCUUUCCACAUUGUCAUCUAAAAAAUAAAGUCUGGCAGUAGGCAGAGUGACUUAAAUGGCAGCAACAAUAUAGGAGCAGUACAGGAAAGAUUAAAACUCACCUACAAAUCAGUUUUAGCACUGAACUCACAACUGGAAGAAAAUUAAUGUGAAUUUGUAAUUAAUUGGUUAAAGAGUGAAAUCACUUUUGCUAAAAAAAAAAAUAAUUGUCUCCACCACUCCACCAGUUUGACAAUAGCCCAGUAAUUUAUUUAGGGACUUGCUGUACUGCUGUCAAAAUUGCAUCACUUUCAGGACAGAACAUCUGUUGUUGGUAGAUGGGCUAGGAAUGCCAAAUACAAUCUAGAAUUUAUUUUCCAAAUACAAUUCAUGUUUUGUGUCCCAUGAGAAGUGCUCUUCACCUUUAUGAGCUUUUUUCUUGGCUCAGAAAAAUGGAGCUGGUUUAUGUUGUUUGAUGUUGUUUGGGGUUUUUUUCUGGGUGGGGGGGGGAGAGCUGUUUGCCUUUUUUAAAGAAGAGUGGAGAGAACAUGCCUGAAUAUGCUUUUCAAAGGGAAUGAUAAGAUUUUACUUGGAAGUGUUCCAAGUAUUUUUGUGUUUUUCCUGUAUUACCAUUUUAUCCAUAGAUUAUCAACACCCUCCAGUCUUUAAUUCAACAAAAUCAUCCCAUAUAUUAACAAAACUGAUUUGGAUAUAUUUGUCUGAAUAUUUUUUCUUCUACUUUUGGAGCCCUGAGAAUCUAAACAGAAACCCUCCCAUUUUUAAUUUCUCUUUGGUUUGCAGCAUUGCUUUGUAUGGCCUGAGGCACUGUCAAAGAUAGAAAAUCGAUGCCACUGGGUUUCAGUCGUACUCUUCUGGGUGCAAACAGAACAACAAGCAUAGACCAAGUAGAUAAAGGUAGAGUUCCUAAUGGAAAUGCUUCUUCAUGAGUCCAAGGAUGGUAGGUUGUAUGGUAGCUAACAUUCUUGGUACCACAACCUUCAGAACGCAAUUGCAGAAUUUCUCCCAGACAGUUUUACCCAUGGAGGCCGGGACACUGCAUCAACAUGUACACGUGUAAGAAGAUGUUGCCAUUUCCAACAUCCAGCAAACACUAACUGGCACUUGAAAAGGACCCUUUUUUAACUGAAAAGCAUUUGGGCUGGCAACUUCAUUAUGUAGUACAUUCUCUUUAUAUGUGUGUACUAUACAGAAACAGAUGUAUCAAUGAAAAUUGUUGCAAAAACUUGGGAUAAUUUCCAAAGUGUAAGUCAAUAUAAAUUGUGGUAAUUUACUCCAAGAUAAGGUUAAAAGCAAUAGUGAAAUCAGUGUAACACUUAUGGCUUCUUGUCCUGAGGAACUUGUGGCCACAGUGCAUAUACUCAUCAUCUGCAGGGGGAUGACACUCACUGCAAAAUUAAUUUUGAUUUUAGUGAGAUUUUAUUCUCACUAUUCUUUACAGAGCAUUUCUGCUGCAGGAGAUGUGGUUUCUUCACUAACCACCUACUUACCAGCCAGAGGAUUUAUGUAUUACUCUGUAAUCAAAUGUCCUUGCAUAUAAUCUCUAGAUUAUCAGAUGACAACUUCUUUUUCUUUAUUUUAUCUUUUUAAGAGAAAACUAAGCAGUGAAUUAAAUAAGCUCUGAAGUAACUUUUUAUGAUAGUUUAAGGACAAAAAAUACAGUUUGCUGUAUUUUACCUUUAGCACAUUUAAACAAUCUUUUUCUUUUUAAUUGUACCUUCAGAAACAUGAGGAAAGAUUUGGUUUAAAAACAAGGAAGGUAAAAAAACUGGAUGUAGCCUCUUUAACAGAAUGUACCACAGUUCUUCUGUUUGCUGUGUUGACUUUGUUGUUUAUAUUGCAUUGCGUGAGCACAUUCACCAUGUACCGAAGUGUGUGUUUGUGUGUAUGGGGUGGGGGUAGAGGGAAAUCUUUUUAUGGAAAAAAAAGUCGUGAACAUAAACUAUGAAGCAACAUCUAACGAAAAGUUUCUUUUUAAGUGCAAUAUAUUUAUUUCUGCUAGAAAUAUAAUAUCAACAUUAUGUAAUAUUUGAAGCAUUAAAUGUUAUUUGUAAACAGCUUAAAAUUAUAUAUAUAUCACAAAAACUGUACAGAAGUGCAAAUGUGUGGAUAUUCAGUUUCUUUCAUUAAAAUAUUGGGUGUUUUGAUAUAUCAUUCUUAUUUAGCCAAA